AUGGACGCGCCGGAUGCGCCCCACACGCCCAAGUACAUCGAUGGCGGGGCGACGGCCACCGCGCCCGGCAAGUCGGCGUUCGUCGAGCUCCAGCAGCACGGGUACGGUGGCAUCCGGAGUGGCUAUCAGCACUUUGGCGCCCAGGGCGGCCAGGAUUCGGGCUUCCCGAGUCCGCGCGGUGCCCUCGGGUAUCCCUUUCCCCCGAUGCACCAGAACUCCUACUCUGGGUAUCAUUUAGGCAGUUACGCACCACCCUGCGCUAGUCCACCAAAAGAUGAUUUCCUGCUAGAUAAAUUAGAAGACACCGGUCUGCGGGUCAACGGGAAGGGCAAGAAGAUGCGCAAGCCGCGCACCAUCUACAGCUCCCUGCAGCUGCAGCAGCUUAACCGAAGAUUUCAACGCACCCAGUACCUGGCGCUACCGGAGCGGGCCGAGCUCGCCGCCAGCCUCGGGCUGACGCAAACACAGGCUUGGAUCUAG